AAAAUAAAAAAUUGAACACUUAAAGAAAAGGGGAUUAGGGUUCUUCGACAAACUUCAAUUUGUUCGCUUCACUCAGUCUUCUGAGAUAGUUCGGUGCAUGUCCUUUUUCCAGUCCGUUUUCUUUCAUUCAUAACCAAAAAGGUGGUGGACAGAUGAUUUACAGCCACUGAUGUUUUUUAAACUGGCAUCAAUGAAGCAUAGCUGAUGGCUUUUGGUGAAUCACAAGAUAAGAAAAAACGACGUUGCAGAGAUAGGCGUAGCAGAACUAUUAGUGUUUAUAUGAGGCAAAACUAUCGGGAGAAGCAAAAGCUGCUCCCAUCAGGUGUCACGUUAGAGAGGAUUUACCUGGAAAAUGCGGAAAUGAUGGAAUACAGACUUGCCUCAGAGAUUUCAAGAAAAAGACUAAGAAGACCCACAUUAUUGAUCAGUGUAGUAAAUGUGAAAACCAUAAAUCCCCAAAUGGUGUAAUACAACGAAAAUGUAAUUGCAGUUAUCCGUCCUCUACCC